GAAGAAAACAAACCUCUGUGUUCGCUACAUAAUUCUUUGAACAGUCUCCUUCACUAAUGAAGAAAGCCCCACCUGAGCCCUGAAUACUUUCAAAAAACCAUUUUCUCCGCCAUGGAAAUUUAGGAAAUUUGACGAGAUUGCUUCGAAAAUCAUUGAACCCUCAGUCCAAUUAUUGUUCAUCACUCUCCCAAGAAAAAAAUAAAAGAAAAAAGGAGGGAGAAAAAUCUCACCUUUACCAGCUUAUCGAACCAGCAAGCAAUUUCAGGAACUAUCUCUGGAGCAGUCAUUGGUGGUUCAUUCAUCAAAUCUAGGGUUUUCGGGAAAUGGAAAUCCUCCGAUCAGAUUGGUUGGUUGAUCGAUCCCUGAUGAAUUCAAGAGCAUAGUCUGAGGUGAUAGUAAUGCGACCAUGGCUAAGAAGAAGGGUUUGUUCACUCUGUUGAAAAGGAUUUUCGUUUCGGAAGCUAACCCAGAAAAGCAGAAAGAGAAGAGAAGAAGAUGGGCAUUCUGGAAGCUUAAGGUCAAGAAAAGGUUACCUUCCAUUACAGCACCUCCAAGGGACAGGACUGGAAGUGAAGCACAGGACAAGAACACUGUGACCCGUGUGGGUGAGGUCAAACAACUCUCUUGUAGUCCUCAGUUAAAUGUCAAAAAAAGGUUAGAAGAAGAUUCAGAAGCCAAAACAGAGAAUGACAUCACUGAUCCACAGCCUGAGGAUCAGAUCUUUAAGAAAGGACAGAUUGAAGAACUUGCUGCAAUUCGGAUUCAGACCGCAUUCAGGGGUUAUCUUGCAAGGAAAGCUCUACGUGCCUUGAAGGGGAUAGUGAAGCUGCAAGCAUAUAUCAGAGGUCGAGCUGUGAGACGCCAAGCAAUGACUACCCUCAAGUGCUUGCAGUCUGUUGUGAACAUUCAAUCACAGGUCUGUGCAAAGAGAACACAAAUCCCCGGAAGUGCUCUCAAGCAUUACGAAGAGAGCAAAGAGUUUCAGAUGUUCAAGGACAAGAUAAUCAAGGUGGACACAGAUAGCCAAAAGAGAUGGGAUGACAGUCUAAUGACAAAGGAAGUGGCUGAGACAUUGGUUAUGAGCAAGAAAGAAGCUGCCCUGAGGAGAGAAAGGAUAAGGGAAUAUGCAGUCACUCACAGGAAAUCCGCAGAAUCGUACCAGAAGAGGCAUAACACAAGAUGGAAGUACUGGUUAGACCAAUGGGUGGAUACCCAACUUACCAAGAGCAAAGAACUAGAAGAUUUGGACUUCUCUUCAAACACGAAACCGAAAGACGAAACUUUCAGGGACAAACAGCUUAAAACUCCAAGAAAUUCUUCACCCAGAAGAUCGAUAAAUCACAGAAGGCAAGUUUCGGUAGGAGAAGAUGAUCAGAGCCCUGCCCUUCCGUCACCCGCUGUUGCCACACGGACUUACAUGGCUGCAACCGAGUCUGCAAAGGCAAAGGCAAGAUCUUUAAGCUCCCCGAGGGUAAGACCCGGAAGCUUUGACACGCAGUCAGAGAGUUACUCGCCAUACAAGAACAAGCUCUGCCUGUCAUCCUCCAUUAUGAGCGAUGCUCCGAGCAGAGUUAGGGUUCAUAAAAAUGGCAGCAACGUCAACAGGCCGAGCGGUUACCAGCAAAGAUCUCCGGGACUGAGGGGCUUUAACGCUGGCCCCGUGAACGAUCUUAGCAUUAACUCUGAGCGUUCAUUACCAAGCUGGAACAGGCAGAGCAGUUUCAGAUGAGUCCUUUGAGAGGCAGUUCCUUCCUUUUUCUUCAUCUUGAGCUGUAUAUAUACUUUUCUCAAGUGUUCCACUGAAAGUUUCUUCCGUGUAUGUAGGAAAUCUCGUUUCGUUUUUUUUUUUUGGUUCAAGUUCUUUUCUUUGUUCGAUUCCAUUUGAUUCUUGUGUUUUCCGAUAUAAUGUAACGAUCUGAACCCUAAAUUUUCUCGGUUUCUACUGGUUUAGAUAGUUAUUGGUCUAA